AAUGUUAGGUGAUGCAGGCUGCAGCCCACAGUGAUUCAUUCUAAAGGAGGAGCUUCUGGAGCACUGAGACUGGCGUGGGAAGAAGCGGAUGACCUAAUAGAGCGUGCGCGGUUUGUCAGCUUUUUAUCAUCCUCCACCAGCAUCCUCGAUUCUGUUGGAGAAGCGCGGAGGAGAGAAGGCGGCACGAUGGAGCGGAUGGAGUCGAUGGAGCCGAUCUCCACGUACUAUAAAACGGACUACCCGGAGAUCCAUCCCGAAUCCGGAUCCAGAGAGACCACCGAGAGCCAGGCAAAAACUCCCCCAGCUCCGACAUAUGACGAGGAGUUGGUGCACAAGACAAUCCUGGUGGGGGACAGUGGCGUGGGGAAAACUUCUCUGCUGGUGCAGUUUGAUCAGGGCAAGUUCAUCCCUGGCUCCUUCUCUGCUACAGUGGGCAUUGGAUUCACGAAUAAAGUCAUAGCUGUUGACAACGUAAACAUCAAACUACAGAUUUGGGACACAGCGGGACAGGAAAGAUUUAGAAGUGUGACACAUGCGUAUUACAGAGACGCACACGCUUUGCUUCUUUUAUAUGACAUCACCAGCAAAUCAUCCUUUGACAACAUUAGGGCAUGGCUAACAGAGAUCCAUGAGUAUGCAGAGAGUGAUGUAGUCAUCAUGUUGCUGGGAAACAAGGCUGACAUGAGCAGUGACCGAGCAAUUAGAAGAGAUGAAGGAGAGCGGCUGGCCAGAGAGUAUUCAGUUCCUUUCAUGGAGACGAGUGCCAAAACGGGAGUCAACGUAGACCUGGCCUUCACUGCUGUGGCCAAGGAACUGAAGCACCGGGCUGUCCAGCACCCCAACCAACCCAAGUUCCAGAUUCAUGAUUAUAUUGAAGCACAAAGAGAGAAGUCAGGCUGCUGUAGCUACUUCUAAAUCUCAGCUGCAGAAUCGUCCUCCCACCACUCAGGUGAACAGACUGUCAGAGACACACCGAGAGCUGCUGAGUGAGAUGAAGCCCUGUUACUCACUGCUGCUACCGAAAUAUUACACUGCCAUUCAUUCGAAAUCACAAGCCAUAAGCAUAUCCCUCAACGAAGAAGGAUAAACCAAACUUUAGACUCACACAACCCACAGUUUUCUUUAAUUAUGAACAAUAUCUCCAACUCUUUAGGUGUCUUAAAAAUUACUGAUGAUUUGAAAUUUUGGUCUAUAGUAGAACUAGUUAACUGUAUUAGAAAACAGCAUUAUGCUUUUUCUUGAGAUGAUUAGAUCAAUACCAAUCUCAUGCCUUAGUGUUAAGUACGAUGUUGGAGUCAAUACAUAGGUUAUCAUAAAGACCAGAGGCAGCAAUUCUGUCCAAACAGUCCCAGAACUCACUCAUUAACACAGAGUGCUUGUGCGCAUUUGUUUAAUCCACAGACAAACAGAAAUAUAAGGCAAUCAAGAGUCCACAAACACUAUUGUGACCUUGGGAGGCUGUGGACUACAUGCUAACAUGUUUACAAGAUGCUGUUUUCCACUGCAGGAACUUUUCGGUUGUUUUCAGAGUGGCCCAAACCUUUGUUGUUUGGCCCGUGUUCAAACUUUGAGAAAAUGUACCUAGUUCAGAGUAGACCCUGAGAAACUUCCAUGCAGGCCUCAAAGUUGAUUGUUUAAAAUCGGAGAGGAUAAUAUGUGCCAUUUCUUCUGCCAUCUUGCUGCCCUGUCACUCUAACAUCUCCAGCAACAACAAAAAAUCACUAUAUUGGCAAACAUAACCUAUAAACAGAUUGUCAGUUGGGGAAAAUACUUUAUGUGGGUCUUUUUUAUUUUGCAGUGCCACAAAAAAAAUUGGUACAAGAUUGAGUAGGCAGGAGGCGAUGUGGGCAUUUACAGGAAGGUGUUUGGUCACAAACAAUAUAUGGACCAAGAACAGGUACUUUUUUUCACUACAGGCAUUUAGUUUUGAAGAUUUUUGGUCAGAAACCAAAGUACAGAUAUUUUCACAGCAAACAAUUUACAUAUAUUAACUACUCUUUGCUUAUCAUUGUGAAGGAAGCUCCAUACUAUACACAAAGACUGACAAUUGAUAUCAAUCUUUUCAGCUUAUUUUUAGAAAAAAAAGUGAAUGAACUUACUGCCCAAAAUAUUUAACUUUUCCUUGAUUAAAUUAUGUAGUUCAUGAAAAUGUUUUACCUGUUAUUUAAAUUAUUGCUGACUGAAGAACAAGAAUGUUACCAACAGAUCUGUUUGCCAAAGUGGUAGAUAUUAUAGAUAUUAGGAACACCACGCAUCACUGACAAAAGGCAGAAGACAACACAGACUCAAGGCAGACUCGUAAAAUUGGAUCUGCACUAAAAUGUCAGCAUUGCUGCAACCUUAUGUAUCAUGCAACUGCUCCAGACGGAGACCAAACAUUAUGCCAUGGAUACAAUUCAAAGCCAAGCACGUGGAUAAAAGCCCUGUCUGUUUCGGACUUAAACUGGUUAACUCCUGACUUAGUGUUCUCAAGAAGUGAGAGUCAACAGCUGGUGAAAGCGAGCUGAUUCAAAAACUGCUCAGGGACACAUCUGAUGAAAAAAUAAGAAGACUGCUGGACAUCUGUACUUGUGGACAUGUAGAAGAAUACAUCCAUGAAAUGUGCCUCUAGAGGAGGAAUCCUGUAUAACACCCAACACAAUUUGAGUCAUUUGACAUUGAACUGUGAUUGAAUUUCUAAUUUUGUCAGUCAUUUAGGGAACAUCUGUGUACAUUUGUGAGUGCAGUGAACAUAUUUCUGAGAAAAUGUUUGCCAUGUAUGGCUGAAUUAUUUCCACAGCCCAUGGAAAAAGCUUAUAUUUUUGCCCUAAUGCCCUCAUCAUGAACUUUAAUUUAAAGCUCAGUUGCAUGCUGGAUUGCAUGUGUUCUAUCUGUGUGCGACUCCUUUCAGAAUAUAUUUAACUCUUUAUAUCCGCAUCAGAAAGAAUAGACAAAGAUGAAUAAGUAAUCUGCAUAUGUAAUCAAAUCUCAAUUCAAUGGUCAUGGUUAAAUUUUGUUUUGGAAAUACAACAUCAGGCAUAGAAUAUCUAGUAAGUCCACAUUAACACAUUAAUUGAUUUUUGAAAUAUGUUUUUGGCCACUUGGUUGAGGAAAACAAGCCGUAAAAAUGCACAGCACAUAUUGCGUGCAACAUUUAUGUAUUAUUGCUUAAAAAUAGUUUUGGAAAAUGUGUGAGCAAACAGUUACAUGAGAUGUAUUAGCAUUAUUAUUAAGUCAACACUCAAGCAAAAUGCUACACAGUUUUCACCAGAUUUUUGCAAAGUUUGUCUGGACAUUUUGUCUCUAUAUUAGCAAAACAUUUGUAGAUGAGAUGAGACCAAUGAAAAUUACACAAAACAGUAGAGCUGUGUGCUAGAAGACCAAAAUAAUGAGCUUAAAGCUGCUAAAAUGCUACACAAGGUUAAAGUUUGGUGGUAUUUUUUCAGUUACACAUCUUCCUUUGAUCAAUUUCUAAUUUCUAAAUAGCGAUAAGUUCAGUUUUAAAGGAAUAAUGAUGUCAAAACAACAGCUCUGUGUCACUGUUUCACAAGAAAGUUCAUGAAUUUGUACUGAUUACAGUAUGCAAUGCUUUUCUGCAAAUAUGUCAUAAUGGUCCAUGACUGUGUGUAUGCUGGGCCUGAUGUGGUUAAUAACCUAAAAUGAUCCAGACUGUGACCAGCAGGCCUUGUGUGCACGGAGCAGCUGUUUGUUUAGUCAACCAUGCUGCAAAAAGUUGUGUUUGAUGUGUCCAAUGCUGCAUAAAAAUAAAUUAUUUUUAACAAAGCAAUA